AUGGCAGCCGGCCGGCGGGCCGAGGCGCCGCUCCGCGCCUGGCUGGCCGCGCUCCUCUGCGCCCUCCAUGUGUGGGCUGCUUGUCAGGAUGCCACUGUCACGCAGGAGCUUCUGAAAGAGGGGUUUCACAGGGACCUGCUGGUGAAGGUAGAACUCGGUGUAGUGGGGGAAGAUGCAGGAGGAUGCGCAGUGGCAGCUAGAACUCGUCUUCCUCCAGGAAUCUACGUGGAUCCUUAUGAGCUGGCAUCACUGCAGCAGCACAAUUUAACAAAGGCGGUGUUAAUUCCUGAUGUCAUUGAUGUGGAGGCCCCUGAGUACUUAGCUACAGAUCUUCUUCUUCUCCUGUACGUGGAACCUGACCCUCGGUGCUCUCGCUGUUUUAAAGCUGCCUUGCCUGUUCACGGGCGGUACCACCGGCCGGCAGAAGAGAGUGAGGAAGCAUUGAUUGUUCUGAAGAGCCCAGAAGUACUGGUCUGCUGCUGUGACAAUCGCCUGUCAGCAGAGUGUUGGAAGCCUGCUGAAGUGGAAGCUCCGUGUUCGGGCAAAACUGACAGCCCCUGUCAGUGGUACAGCGUAACACAUAAACCUAUACCUGCAGACAUCUGGGAUAUCUGCUGCUCUUGUCCAAAAACGUUUUGGAGCUUCCUGCAUCACAGAGAAAGCACACAGUUGUUUGCCCUGGAGAAAACUGGCUUCUCAGUGAUCUGAGAAAUGCUCAUUCUGAGAGCUUCUCUCCUCCAUGCUGUAUUACAUCCAUAUCCUCAAAGGCAAGCCUAUUGUAAGAACAAAGAUACAGGGGAUAGAAAUGGCUACCUUUUAAAAUGGUAGCAGGUAAAUUUACUGAGCUUUGCACUGCAGGAGCGGCUGGUGCUCUGUUUGCUAUAAAUUGAAAGGUUAUGUCCAUCCUCGUUUUGAUUUUGAAUCCCAG